CCCGACGAGCCAGUCUCUACUGCUUUCCUCUCUAACCGCGUCGGUCGGUGUUUUCUUUGCCCACAUCUGCUGCUCCGUUUUCCCAGUGUAUCGCAGUGCCUCCAGUAAAUCAAAAAAAAAAAAAAGAAAUUGUCAAAAAAAUAAAUGAAAGAAGGCAAUACAAGCAAUAAAUAAAAACCAGCCAAGAAAACAGGCAACCGUGAAAAUAUAAAUAUAAAUUCCUGGCAUCAACUGUCAGCGACAGCGGCAUUUUUCCAGCACGAUGUUGUUUCUAUUCGUAUGGCGAUUUUAGUGGGCUAACACAAUUUUGCGCUUGGCUUGCAAACGUUCGAGAUGGCCCCAAAUGGAUUCGGUCGGACACUGGCGGCGGCAGCUGCCUAGAAAUCCUGGAGAGCUCUACCCCGAAACUGAUACCGAAAACAAAACCGAAUCCGAAACCAAAACCAAAACCGAGACCCCAGACUCGAAAAUAAUGUGCUGCAGCAGCGGGCAUUAUUGAAGUUGACAAAACACUUCGGCACACGCACACAACGAGUUGAAAGCAGUGGGUUAAAAGCAUUUUUGGCGGAUCCGGAGGAGAACAAUGGUCAUCCAGUGCACAUGUGAUUGCAACUGCAGUGAUAGUAGAGAUAACCGGAGCAUAAUAUCCUGCCUGCAGCCGUGCAAGUUGGGCUCCUCGUUCGGUGGCGAUGAUAUGGAGCCAAGGAUACCGUACUAUCGACGCCUAUCGAAUACCUCAUCGGCGCUCUACGGCAGCUGUCCCCAAUUGUUGCCCACUGGCAGUAAUCACCAUUCCUGGCUGAGAAUCCCCAAGAACAACCAGGAGAAUACGCAGGAGAAUUCUGAGAAGAAUCCCCAGGAGAAUACCCAGGAGAAUCCCUCGGAUAAUCCACGACAGUAUUCAAGUCUGGUGAGGCCCAAACAACGCAGUCCAGUGCUAUGCAAUAAAUCCUGGUGGGUCUCAUGUCCAAGGCUUUCCUAUUUGCCGGCUGAGCAAACGAAUAUGCAGUCCACUGCCACGCCCUCCCGUCACUGCCAUGGAAGCGGGGGCGUUGGUGGCCAAACCACCAGCACACCACCCACUCUGCCCAGAUUUCCGAGCAAACGGCAUUGCGACAAUUUUGGCAGCUAUGCCACACUGCCCACCAUCGAGCAGCAGAUGCCCAUGAUGCCCCACUGUAGUCGACACGGUGGUUUAGUGUCUGGUUCUGGAGUGGGUGGUGCUGGUGCUGGGAUGAUGCCUGCCCCACCGCCGCCCCGCUAUGCGAAUCCCAAUUUGAAUGGCUGCUGUUAUAUGUACAAUCCAAUGCCCGCCACCGCCCACCAGAGUCAGAGUCAGAAUCAGAGCCACCUUCAGCAUGGCCAGCACCACCCACAGCACCACCAGCACCACCAGAAUCACCACCCCCACCACAACCACCCCCACCCGCACACCCACCAUUACACCCCGCAAUACUGCCUCUGCGAUAAUUGGUACCAUCAGCCACAGCAACAGCACCACCAACAAAGGAGCAAGAACCUAAUGGCCAACGGCGGCUGCUAUUUUGGUUACGAAGCAAAUCAUCAUCCCAGCCUCCAUGCCACGCCCCCUCAUCCCAGCCACAUAACCGAUGAGGAGGAUUCGGCAUUUCCCGGACUGGCCGAUCGAGAGUUCCACCUGCUGCACCGGAAUAUUCCGGCCCUGCGACGAACCGGCGUGGACACCACACGGAUUAGACAGUACUUUUAUCCCGAUGGCGGCUGGGGCUGGAUCAUUUGCGGAGUGUCCUUUCUGGUCCACAUCCUGACCACAGGACUCCAGCUGAGCUACGGCCUUUUGUGGUUCUAUGCCGUUCAGUAUUUGCAUAAUACCAGUGGCAUAGAACUGCUGGGCGCCCUGAGCUGGUCAGUUUCCAUGGUGGCCACAUCGUUUGUGGUGUCCCUCUGUCGCAAACGCUCCAUCCGCCUCCUGUCCAUCGUGGGCGGACUGGUGAUGCCCCUGGGCAUAUUGUUCACCUCAUUUGCCACGGAAUUUGGCCAGGUUGUUUUCAGUUAUGGCGUCGUCUUCGGAGUGGGAGUGGCCAUGGUGCGGGAGGCAUCCACCGUGAUGCUGGGCAAUUACUUUAAGCGGCGCCGUCAAUUCGUCGAAAUGGUGGCCAUGUCCGGCGAGGGAGUCGGCAUCGCUUUGUUCUCCGUCAUUCUGAAGGAGGGCGUGGGCAAGGCGGGAUGGCGCCUGGGCCUCCAGAUUGUGGCCGCCCUGACGGCACUCAGCUUUUUCAUGGGCCUAAUGUACCGGCCCGCCUCCCUUUACCAUCCCCAGCGUCGGGCCAUCCAGCAUCUCAAAAAUCAGCGCAAAAAGAUGCGGGAAAAGAAGCCGAUUCUCAGCCAGGAGGUGGAGAGCACACCGAGAUACUUGUUUCUGGACAUAUCAUCACUGAAGUCGGUGACUGUUAAAAUUCUACUCAUGACCUCCAGCGUGGCCUCCUUUGGCAUUUAUACACCCAUGUUCCUAAUGGCUCUUAAUGCCGCCGAGCAGGGCUCUGAUGUGCAAGAGUUGGUCCUCCUGCAAACUUUUUUGGGAAUUUCCAUGGCCCUGGGAGUGGUUAUAGCUGGAGCUUUGCUGCGACGCUGUUUUGUGAUCAGACACUUUGUGAUCAAUACCAAAAUAGUCACACAGAUGUUCAUAUCAAUUGUGGCCUUGGCUAUCCUGUUUCUAUCCUUUGUUAUGGGCUAUACAGGCCUUUGCAUACUGAGCUGGUUGUAUGGCAUUGGUCUGGGUGGGUUUCAAUACUCACUGAAAAUAUUGGCACUCGAGCGCAUAAAGCUGAAACACUUUUCCAAGGCUUGGGGUUUUAUACGGGGGGUUGAGUCAGUUCCUGUGCUGAUAAGCGUGCCACUCACCUCGUUUCUGAACGAUUACUCCCUUAAAUACGGUCGGGCUGGCUAUUACAUAUGCUCAGCGGCGGCAGCCAUCUCGGGAAUUAUAAUAUUUUUCAUAAGUGAGCCGCAGCAGCAGCAGUCGCAGCAGCAGCAGCAGCAGCAGCAAUUGCAUCAUCAUUAUCAGCAGAGAAAUGGCCAUUUGCCAACUCCCAUGCUGAUGCGCCACUCCUCCGCCCGCCAGCCGCGCCCCCAAUUGCCGAUGGACUACGGCUAUGGGGAAUACCCCGCCCCCGCCCCGGAUCUCCUCAGUCGGAGCUGCAUUAGUCUCAAUCAAAUGGAGCCCUACCUGCAAGCCAACUACUGCCAAAGGCACAUGUUUCAGCAGCAGCAACAGCAGCAGCAACAGCAGCAGCAGCAGCAACACUCCCACCUGCAGCAGUUGGCCUGCCACAAUCUCGAUUUGCAGCAGCAACAGCACCAGGUGCGUGGAGCCUACCAGUUGGGCCAGGGGAGCAUUGGGGCCAGGAUGGGAAAGCGACUGCAGCGGAGUCUGUCCUUCAUUCAGCAGCACAGCAACUGCUGCGACGGCCAGAUGUACUGCAGUUGGCACAGCACCUACGAACUGGGCUGUCACAAGAGCAACAAGAACCCCGGAUCGGCGGACCGACAGCCAUUGAUAUGCACCUGCAGCAGCAGCACCAGUCCAAAUAGGACCUUUGGCCAGCCCCAUCCGCCCAGUUCCACCCGAAGUCGCAGUGUUCCGGAGGGUUUAUCCUCGAUGUCGCAGCAGUGUAACUGUCGCCAGGUUCCCGCCCCCUUUCCGCCACCCACCAGGGAGUUCAUCUACGUGCCGCACGCCUACGCCUCCCUGCAAAGGACACCCCAUCGGCAAAGUCAGGUUUCGAGUUCUGGGGGGGGCAAUGCCACGUUGCGAAACAAUCCACAAUGCCGCCUGAAACGAUCCCAAUCCCUGUGCCGACCCACUGCCGUGCAGUUCGUGGAGCAAAUCACCACUUCCGUAUAGGAAAACAGGGGGAGUGACAAGGGCACUCGGAAAAAAAGGGUACCAGAAAGGCACUAAAUCGACAGAGAUAUAUAUUUUUAUUUUAAAUCCUGUCCCAAACUUAAUUUCACAAUCUAAACUGCCACAAAAAUCUCCUCAGGUUUGAAACGAUUUAAAAGGUUUAUUUGAUUUAAAUAAAAAGGUCGUGUUUUGCCAUUAAUUCAAGGGUCUUUUUAUACUCUAGACACCUUUCAAAGUGAUUUUAGUGUCCUACAGAUUUAUGUGGCCCUUGAAGGUGUUGCUCCUAUAAAUCUUGGUUCCCAGUUUGAUUCCUUUUAAAAUUUGUUAUUAAGCUUUGUAAAAUUCUUCUUUAAAUUUUCAUCUGUUAGAAAUAUUUUUUCUCUGCCGAUUUUAUUCAGUCCCUCUUUUUUCCAGUGACAAGCAAAGCUGAAAAAAGCGAAGAAAAUCGAAGAGGUUCCCGCAGCAAUUGGGUCCUAUAAAACUUAUAUUUUGGUAUUGUGGUCUCAACCACACACACUCACAAACACACUCACAAACACACUCACAAACACACUCACAAGCACACACGACUACGUGAACCGCAUGCACAAUUUGUCAGAUCUCUUCUAGUCUUUUGUCGUAGCUCUAUUAGAAAUGUAAACUUAAAAACUCGAACCGAUUGAGGGCGAAAGUGUAACUGAAGACCCACAGCACCCAAACGAAAAACGAAACUCGAUGAAUUUUUCACUGAAAAUCCACAUUCAACUUUAACACAAACGCAUGUACUAAGCUAGGAUGAAAAUUUUUACUCAUUAGCAUAUUAAUAUUAUUAUUAUAGAGAUAACAGACAGACGGAAAAGCUUUAUCUUUGUCUCAAGCAAAAAGUAUUCAACUUGUGGCCAAUACAUAAAUAUUUAUGAGAUAAUUCAAUGAAGCGGAGAACCGAAAACAAACAAACUUCUUAAAUGGUCCAUUUUAUAAACGUGCAUACAAUUUAACCACCGAAAACCGAUUACCGAUUAAAUAUACAAGCGAGAAUGAGAAAGUGUACACGGACAUAAAGUCGAUCCAAUUAAACGACUCUUUUUUCCCGGAGGACAAGGCUGAGUUGUCCUGAGUGCCGAGUUUUUCGUGUCGGCCAAGUACUUUAUUUUUCAAUAACAAUUACUAUAUAUACUGCAUAAUUAAGACCCGUUUAACGGCGGACUACUGAACGAGGCCAAACGAAAUGGGCAAUGUAAAUGAAAAUUACAUUCGCCUUAUUUUCCAAUCGAAAUGAGGCAUAUGAAAUAAUAAUUAUUGCCGUUAUGAUAGCCAUAAUUAAUUGAGGCUGGCAUUACCAGGUAUUCAUUUCGGACAACUGCAAACAUUUUGUAAUGGAAGCAGAAAUUACCACUACAUUUUAUUGCUCUGAAUCUCUGAAAGAAAAUCUGUGCUUUUUUAGAUUCUCGAAUUCAUAUUAGCGAUUUUCUAGUAAAAAAUAGUUUUCAUGACAAGAAAACAUUCUUUAGGACUUCAAAAUUCACUAGAAACACCCAAUUAUAUUCAAAUUUUUUUUGCAAAAGUAACAUUGCGACAAUUUUAUCGAUUGGAAAACAUCUAAGGUAAUUACAAAAUAUAUUGUCUAUAAAUAACAUCAAAAAAAUUAAACAAAAUACGCAAAGCCAAUUUGUAAAUCAUUAGUAAUUCAUUAAUAAAAAGACUCGAAAGUCUAAAUAACAAAGACACAUUACAUACAAUUAAAAUGGAUAAAUGCAAAAAGCAAUAGCACGAUACACCAAAUAAAAACAGAAAAAAGAUCAACAGAAUAAAUGAAAUAUUUCAAAGGCUUCAAAAAAGCAAAUAAACAAGCAAGGGACACAUUACAAUACAUGAAAAAUCAUCAGCGGGUGAAAACUUGCAUAAAGUGAAUUUUAAAAUCAACUAGUAAAAUGGCAAUCGAAACAUAAACAAAAAUUGCAAAUUGCCCAACCAAUUUAAACAAUAUGUUCAAAGAAAACAAAAUGCAAAUUUCUAACGAAACGGAAAACCAAUUUAUAAAAAUUUCCAAAACGAAAUUAUACAUUUAUUAAAGGCUAUAAAAGAUGAAAUACGAAUUUCCCGCAUCUCACCUUCUUUGUAUAUAAAUUUCCAUUGAAAAUCCUCACAAUGCACAAAUAAAUGGACUUAAGUCAAACCAACUGCCAUAAAACGCGAAAUAAAAACGUUAGCAUUUGUUUAAAUAAAUCUAUACAAUACUUAGAAAAAUUAUUUUCUUUCAUGGUCCUUUAAAUUUAAUUAGAUUUAAAUUUUCGCCAAUUGUGUUCAGCGAAUACGAAAAACUUAGCAUAAAAUAAUAUUACAUUACAUCCUCAAGCAUAUCUAUGUGCCAAAAAAUAAACAAAAAACCAUGAACUAUUUGCAAUUCUGUCGAAAUAUGAGAAAAGAAAAACUAACCAACUUGAGGUACAACUUGUAGCUAAAACAAUUUUUAUCUGAUGGAAUUUAGAUACGUGAAAUUUUUCAGAGAAAAACCUAAGCGCAGCAACUCAUAUUUGUAACUCUUUAUCAUUAGUAGUUUAGUGUGAUAAAUGUUAAUAAAGAAACCAUAAA